CGACUUCGUUCUAUCACUUCUUGGUUUUCGGUGGGGUGUCUUCCUUUGCAACGUUCUUUUAAUUUUUUGCAUGUCCGCAUCGUUGCAGUCCUUGCAUUCCUUCUCAUACUAAUUGGAGCUUGGGUGCUGGUCUUCGGGCAGGGUUUUUGCAAUUGUUCGUUCAGGUCGUUCGUUCAUUCAUUCAUUCAUUCAUUCGUUUACUGUAUUAUCAUACAUCUACAUUCAUUUAGUUUUCAUUCGGUCGGCCAUUCGACUACCUGAUCCAUCCGUUCGCUUCGAGACUCUAACGAAGUGACGACCCGGUCACCACGACAGUGGGAGAAGGACGUGGGAGAGAGUGUGUGAAAGUUGACGACACACGGGCUUGUCCCUCGCCUUGGACAUCAAAUGGACACCGAUGCCGAGUCCCGAAGAGCUCAAGUCAUCGUCUGUGCCAUCGCUGCACCCGCCGUUUCUUUCCUUCUGGUGGCGCUUCGCUUUCUUACCCGCGGCUAUGUCCAGGGACAGGUUCACGUGGAGGACUGGUGCAUAUUGGUGUCUCUGCUAUUCUCCAUAGGCGCCACAGUUGGUGUGUUUGAACAGGUCAAAUAUGGGGUCGGAUUUCAUCGGGAUACUUUGACUGGCUCCCAAGUGUCAGGCUUCAUUAUGUCGUUGUGGUACGACAUUCUAUUUUACAGUCUUUCACUCUUCUUCGCCAAGGUGUCGAUCCUCCUGCUGUACCGACGGUUCCUGACGUUCAAAACGAUCGCCUUCCUUAUCAAAAUUGCCCUGGGUCUCGUCACCAUUCUUUACCUCUAUAUCCUUGUCACGUUAUUCAUUGCUUGUAUCCCCUUGACGUCCCUGUGGACUUGGGCUGUUGAUGGGGAGUUUGCUGGAAAAUGUCUCCCCGCUACGGUAUACUGGGGCAAUGCAGCGAUCGGCAACUCUACCGACGUCUUGAUCGUCUGCCUGCCCAUGGCAGUUGUGUUCAAGCUUCAACUUCCAUUUCGCCGGAAACUGGCGUUGACACUGACCUUUUCGUUGGUAAUUAGCAUCCUCGUGAUCUCGGCUUUCCGCUUGGUUUACAUGAAAUAUGUGCUUAAAUAUGUGGAUUUUACUGCCAACACGACGAUAAUCAUCUUGUCCUUGGUGGAGAUCAACAUCGCUAUCGUCUGCGCUUGCUUGCCAACACUGAAGCCUCUCUUUGUUUACCUCUUCUCGAACCGGUCGCCCAACCCGAACCCCGACUCGUCCCCCAAGAAGUCCAGCGAUGUCGAGGCUGGAAACGCCCAGUCUUUCAACGAGGCCAGAAACGGGCCCAUAAACAAGAACUUAACUCUGGACACCGACAUCCGUAGGGAGUCCGCCGUGUCCUCACACCCAUCUGAGGCAGAAACCAUCAAUAACUUCGGUGGCAGCAUCGAGGUCAUGUAUAUUCAAGAGAUGGCCUAUCCCCAGGGGGUCAAACCAUACUCCCCAACUGCAUCCCAUUUCACUGUGGACCGAAUGCGCGACUCAGCCAUCCUCCCGACGCCAAGCUCGAUACGAUUCGGCCACUUGACUAAUACCAGCAGUCCACGAGCAUUCAAAAACAGCGACUCGAUGGCCACCUCGCCCGACUACCGUCUGGACCCCUACCACAAAACAAAUCUACCCUUCAGCCAAGCCCGAUCCGGAACCCAAGCUGCGGUGCAGACUAGCAGCGAGCGCUCCUGGAUCAACGUGCGCCCCGACAGCACCACGUCAUACAAGUGCAACUCGCCGCAAGAGGCCUUCUUCACCCUUGCCGACCUGGCCGAUCUGACCACCGAGAGCGCCCAACCCAGCCCCGAAGCCCCGACCUUUUUCAAAGGCGAGUCCCGCCCUUCGUCGCCGUAUACAUUCCGUCAACGCCGCGCUUCGUCCAUCGCUGAGACGGGGUCCAUUACGGAGGAAUACUACCGCGACUCGGAGUUUAAACUCUCGCCCACGGUGUAUUCCCCGCCCGGUUAUACGUCGCAUCAGCAACGGGACUCGGGGGUGACGGAUGAGACGGAUUCCAUUCUGGCGAGGCACUAUAGGGACUCGGCGCUGCCGCCGCCGUUGCAGAUCGCGAGGACGCUGUCGGCGUUGACGGGGAGCGGGGAGGAGUCGGGGAGAAUACGUUGAGAAUAUGCGCCACUGAGAUUCUCAGGGGGGUACUAAUCUAUAAUGGAGUAUAUCUAAUGUGUUAUAAUUUAUUACUAUUCUACUUCUGCCAAAAAGGGGCAGGCGAGCAGGAGAGCGAGUGGGCCACUUGUGGCCGAUAGGAAGACUGACUGGAUUUUGGUGAGCGAGUACGUAUGAUACCCACGAGCUAGCGAUGGAAGGAAGGAGGCAAAACUGUGUGCAACCCGGGGAGUUUGGGCGUAAUAAAAUGGAG